GGUCGCAGCAAGCUUCCAUAAAAAUCCUCAGACACAGACAGAGAAAGAGAGAGAGAAAGCAAGCAAGAACGAUGAACAGCGAGAAAACAGAGGACGUGCAGAAGCAGAGCACUCUGCAAAUAAAGCAAGACGACAAGUUCUUCCGCAGGCUUCUCUCCAAAGAGUCUUCCCUCUCCAAUCCUUCCUUUAGAGUCACCCCUGUCUCUGUUCCUUUCCUCUGGGAAUCUCACCCCGGCACUCCCAAACACCCUCUCUCUGACCUCUCUCCUCCCCCUCUCACUCCUCCUCCUUCUCACUUCUGCGACCCUAACCACAAGAAGCCUUCAAGAUCAAGAUCCCUUCUUCUUCGCUUCUCCUUCCCCAGCUUCAGUUUCAGCAAGACCCUUCUCCCUUCCUCUUCUUCUUCUUCCUCUCUGUCUUCUUCUUCUUCUUCUUCGGACUCCUCCGGGACUGUUGUUCCCUCUAAUGGGAGGCGGAGAAGAAGGCGGUUCUUGAGCUGCGACUCUUCUGCUGAUUUGUGGGGAAACUCUAACUGUGAAGAAGAAGAAGAAGGUGGCGAUGCUCUUGCUGCAGACUCUGCAAAUCUCGGUUCUUGCUUUGGGUUUCGUGGUUCUGCUAGCUCCAAUGCUGGAUUUGGAAGCUGCUAUGGAAGAAGGAAAGCUUAGCUUAGUGAGGUGAUUUGGUUCCCAUUGUUAGAUUUGUUUGCUUUUCACUCUUCAAAAUGGGUUCGUACAUGUAAUUAUGAAGUGAAAGCAUGCGUAAAUAAAUUUACACAGAUGUUGAUUUACAUCUAGCUUCUAUAUUUUCUGAUUUUUGAAGAACAGAGUUAAGUGAGUUUGAUAAUGGGAGACCAGAUUAUCAGUUUCUUUGCAGUGAAGUGGUCUGGGAUCUGAUGAGACCGUUUGGAUGUUUAUUUUUCCAUGUAAAUCUUUCAAGUUGUGGUCUACUUGUGGUAAGAAGGCAAUCGAUCAGUUCUCUUUUGUAGAAUUAAACUGUCAAGUUUGUUUCUGUGCAGUGAUUAUGGUGUAUCCAAAGUAUGAUCAAGUUACCAGUAAGUUAGUGACUACAAAUUGCUUUUUCUCUCA